AUGAAACCCGAAAAUGAUUCAUCCACGGAUAAGCAGAUUUAUGACAAUAACUUGACAGACCAUUCCUAUGACAGUACGGCUGUGAAUAGUAAAAUUUCUAGCAAAGCCAUUCUUGUAAAUCCUAAAAUAAAUUUUUUUGAGAACAGUAAGGAUGAUCUUGACAAAAUGGAAAGGGAAGGAAUCAAAAAUCAGUCAGAUUUGGAUAGUGUGAAAAAUAAUGAAUUUCCAAAUUUAAGUGAAGAUGAAAAAAAAAAACUUUUUUAUAAAAAAGUAGAUGAAAUAUUAAAUAUGAAUAAUUCAAAUGAUGAUGAAUGGAUAAAAAGUGAAAAUGACGAAUCAGUUGCAAAUAGUAUAAUUAGUGAAAAACAUGAAUAUGAUAAAAAAAUAAAAUCAAAAGACUUUGAACCUUGUCAUGCUAAAAUGAAAAGUAAAAAAAAAAAUUAUAUAGACAAAAAUAUAUUCAAUGAAUCAUUUUGGAAUUUUCAAGGUAAUGAACUUCAUAAAAUUUUAAAAAAAAAUAAAUAUGAAUAUACAAAAAUGAAUGUUACUAUGGAUAAUGCAUUUUAUAAAUAUUUAUAUAUAUGUAAAAAAAAACAACAGAAAAAAAUAAUUGCAAAAAGAAACCAACUUUCCCAAAUCGAUGAAAUCAACCAAUCAAACAAAGUGAACGAUUCUAAUUUGAUUACACCUUUUGGUAGCAAUAAAUAUCAAACAGAAUUUAGUAAUAACGUUAUAUUGGUCGAUACUGAUAAUGUUGAAAACUCUGAAAAAAAUAAUAGCUGGGUAGAUGGCAGUAGUGAAUCAGGUUCCCUUAGUGAGGAAUUUGGCAGCAAUAAUGAGCAGUCAGAAAGUAGCGAACUCGAAUUGUCUAAGGAUAUAAAUUUUUUAUAUAUAGAAUAUUUUAUUCGAAGUAAAAAAAUAAUAAAGUUAAGAAAUAUAUAUAAAUACAUAUACAACAAAAGAAAUAUGUUUUAUUUAAAAGCCUUAGUAUAUAAAAAUGUGUAUAUUUUGGAUUGUACCAAAGAAAUAAACAAAAGAUACAAUACUUUUGAAAAUAAAAACCAAACUAUAAACAAAUAUUGUGUGAAUAACAAUUUUUUAUGUAUGGCAAUGAAUAGUAAUGAGGUAAUCGUUUUUAGUCUAAGAGGGUUAGAAUUAAAUAGUAGAAUAUUUUGUAAAGGUAAUUAUCAAGACGAUAUUAAAAUUCAAGAAUUUCUAAGUACAUUAAUUCCAAAUGAAUAUGAACAAAAUUGUAUGAAGAUAAAUUUUAAUUAUUAUGAAAGUCCUUAUUGUAUAAUCACAAAUAAUAUAAUAAAGAAUAUCCGAAAUAUAGAUAUCAAUAAUUUGAAUAAGUUAUGUAUAUGUACAGAUGAUUCUAUACAUAUAUACGAAAUUGUAACUAUGGAAAAUUAUGUUAUCAAAUAUAAAUAUAUUCAUAGUUAUAAUGAAAAAAAAAAUAACUUAUUAGCAAAUAAUAAAAUAUGGCUAGCUUACCUAAUAAAUGAUAAAAAAUUCAUAUAUUUUACAUAUUUUAAUAUUAUAUAUAUGAAUAGAAAUAGUAAAAUGUUUAACAAUAAUAUUUAUACUAUUUCUAAAGAUAUCAAAUUUAAGUAUAGAUUGUUAAAUGCUCAAAUGCAUAAAAAUUUUUUAUUUUCCUCUUACAAUAAUAAAGUAACUGUUUUAAAAGAUGAGCAGCUCUACUUUGUCAUUACAUUUGAUGUAACUGGUGAAAUUGUACAGCCAGACAAUGGGAAGUCACCAAAUUUAGGGAAAAAAGGUGAAGACAAUGCAAAUUACAAACAACCCACACUUGCUUCUAUCUCUUUAAAGGACAAAGAGGAGACACACUUGGAAAGUGAUGAAAAUGGAAGUGGAAUUUCGGAUAGCAAUUAUAAUGAUAAUGACAAAAAAAAGGAAGAAACAGAUUUUAAAUCAGAGAAAAAUAAAAUAAAUUUUAUACCCUUUGUGUCUAUAUUAGAAUGGGAAAAUUAUUUUUGUACAGGGUAUGUGAAUAAGCUUAUUAUUUUUGAGUAUACUUCAUCAAAAAUUCAAAUAAAAAAAAAAUUUAUUUUAAAACAUAAUAUAUAUUAUUUAAAUUAUAGUGUGAAUAAUAUAUUAAUAAUAUAUGACAAAACAUAUAUAUAUAUAUAUCAAAUAAUUAUUAAAGAUAUGGAACUAUCUUUAUUUCAAAUAUUUUGUAAAACUUAUGACAAAAUUCAAAGUUACACCAUUUUAGAAAAUGACAAUAUAUAUGAAUCAUUUAGUAGUUCUAUAAAAUGUUCUGUUAAAAAUAUUAAAAUAAAUAGAAACGAUAAAAUAGCUCGAUUUGUUUUUCCAUUAUUCAAUGGCCCUAAUAAUAAUAGUGAAAAUAAUUAUGACGGAAAAAAAGGGACUGAUGACUAUACCCAUUCCUCAAAAAUCGGAAGCAAUAUAAACAAUUUUUAUAUUAACCUUGUCUAUCUAUAUAUUCAUAAUAAUAAUAAAGUAGAUAUCAUAGUUUUAAAUUCUCUGAUAUAUUUGAUCUAUCUUUUUUUCUAUUACAAAAAAUAUGACGCUCUCCUCAUUUUGAUUCUGUACACCUACAACGGGGACAUUUCGGCCUUGGCAGAUCUUCCACUAAGGGAAGAGGAUCGGAAAAACAAAAUAAAGAAGUUGCUUUUUUUAUUUUUUGAGAUGAACAUGAAGGGUAUAAUUGAAGGAAAUUAUGGAAGUAGUAUCACAUUAGACAUGUACAAAGACAAACAUAUUCAAAGUAAUGACCCCAAUUAUGAGUCAAAUAAUAUUUUUGAAGGAUAUCAAAAUGAUGGUUCUUCUGGUUCAUUAACAUAUGAAUUUGAUUCUGAUUCUAAAAGUGCAUCUAACAAAUGUUCAGAUAAAGAAGAUAAUUUUGAAAAAAUAAAAGAAAAUGAAUCAAUAGAUAGUGGAUAUAUAUCAAGUGAAAAAAUAUACAUAAAAAAUGAAGUAGUUGAUAAAAUAUAUGUUGAAGAACUUUUAAAAUUAUGUAAAUUAGCAAUAGAAUUAAGUAUAAAAUUUAAUAUAAAUUUAUAUGAAUAUAUAUUUAACUUAUUUAAAGUAUAUAACAUAGAAAAUAUUUAUUUUUAUUUAUGUGAAUAUUAUAUUAUAAAUAAACAAAUAUGUUUUACACAUCAUAGUUUAAUAGAAAAUUUAAUUGAGCAUUUUAGGAAGUUUUACAAGAUAUGUUCAUUUUAUAACGAUAUUUGUUAUGACUUAUUUUUAUUUUUUUGUAAUUAUGUAAGUGAAAAAUGGAUUGAAAAGGAUCAAAAUUUGAAUAGCAAUAGAUAUGAUGACAAGGUUACAAAAUGGAAAUAUAUAAAUAAAUAUAUAUAUUUUUUAAAAUUAAAAAAAAAAAAUUAUAAGCAUAUAAUUAGACAAAGUAGUGAUCAAAUAGGCGAAGAAAAAAAUGUAGCAUUAUAUGAAGAUUUUGAAAAAUAUUUUUGUUAUAAAUAUUUAAAUAUAUGGAAAGGUUUGAGACAUAUUAAGAAGAUAUAUUCAUUUAUAUGUUUAAUAAAUAAAUUUUGUAAAAUUUUUGAAAAUAUUAACCUAGAAAAUGUAAUAGAAAAUAUUAUAUCUCUCUUACCUGUUCAUAUAUCUUCAUUUUUAUAUAGUAGACACAAUGAUGAUAAGAUUACAAAUUGCGAAUUUUUUUUAUCUUAUAUAAUUAGAAAGAAGAAUAACUUUUUCUACAACUUUUGCAAAGACAAUAAUGUAAACAAUUCAGAUUUCCCUAUAUAUAUUCCAUCAUAUAUAUAUAUCAAUUUUUACCAAACUUAUUUUUUAUUUGAUUAUGUAUAUUCCGUAAUAUUCAAACUUCCAUUCUCUUUAUCUAUAAAUCGAUAUGAAAUAAAAAAUAAUGAAAUAGAUUUUUGGAUGUGUUUAAAAUCAGAAGAAGAAAAAAAUAUUUACACAAAUUUUGACAUGAACAAUGUGGAAAACUAUUUUAGCAUUUUUUUUAUUUAUUCCAAAUUCUUUUUAUCAUAUAAAAAUUCAUAUUUUCAUUCUAUCAUAAAUCAAAAUGUUAUAUUCUUUAUUAAUCACUUGUGUAGAAGACAUACUGAUUUUAAGGGAACCAUAUUUACUUCUCAAACUAACUUUAAAGAAAACAAAUUCAUGGAUUCUUUUUUAUGGCAACCAUAUUCCUUACUAGUAAAUCAAAGUAUAAACAAAGACAUGGUUGAUAAACAUUCGAAUAAUACAAACUUGAUAAGUAAUAUAGAUAAAGAGAACAUAUUAUAUAAAAACAAUUGUAAUGUGAAUUUAAAUUAUUUUUUUAACUUAGACAAAAAUGGAAUAUUUAUACUUUUUCAAUUAUCACUAUCAGAUUGCUUUUACAUUAUUAAUAAUAUGUUUUAUUACUAUAAUAUGAGUAAAGAAGAAAAUCUUAUAAAUAAUUUUGUACAUAAUAUUUGCGAUUUUUAUAUACAUUUAAUUUCUACACUGAUAUAUUAUACAAAUAAUUUAAAAGCCAUAUUAAAAAAGACUUUUGAUUCAGAAAUAUGUGAAGAUUUUGUAAAAAACAUUUUUUAUGGAAUUAGUCAAUCAAAAGGAGGAUUCUUUAAAAUCAAACUAUUUGUACUCAAAUUUUUUCAUUAUAUUUGUUCAGAAAAAAAUUAUAUUAUAAAUAUGAAUAUUCAAAAUGUAGUUACAUGGAUUGUAUUACAAAUAUAUUUUAUAACAAAAGAAAUAGAUAAGCUUGUUGAUUGUUUAACAUAUAUGUUGAUACUUUUUUUUAUUUUUGCUAAAGAUGAAAUAUUUUUUGAAUAUAAAUUAAAUAUUUAUUUCAUCAAUUUUUUAUUUCAACAUUGUUUUUCUUUAAAUCAUGUCCAAUAUCAGAAUAAAUUACGAGCCCACCGAAGAAUGUACAAAAAAAUGUGUAUUCAACAGUUUUGCUACUACAAUGGCAAGAAUGAAAAAAACCCGUUUAUGCGUCAUGUUUCAUUUUUCUCUGUUAAAAAAAAAAAUAUGCUUGUAAAAAAAAAUAAAAUAAUAAAGGAUAAUCAUGUAGAUUUGGGAAGAGAUACUUAUAGUUGUGACCUAGUGCAAUAUAUUAUUUUUCGAAUAUAUAAUCUCGACCUAGUUAACCUUUUUGGUGAUACAACACUCGAAUUGAAUAGACGUAGAAAAGAAGCUAACACGCACAUGGCUAGCUGUGAUACUGAGAGCGAUGAAAAUAAAUCUAAAACGACAAGGCGUGAUGAUAGUUUCAGUUUUGAAGACAAGAGAGAAACUAUAUUUAAAAACCAAGACAGUGAAGUUAACAACUUUUUUCUUACUAAUAAUGAAAAUAAAAGAAGGUUACGAAAAAAACAAAAAAAGAAAACUAGCCAUAGUGAAAACAUAUUUAAUAUGAACAAUUAUAAGAAAAACUUGAAAUACAUUUUAUUGUUAUAUGUUAAAAAAUUGAUAUUUAUUCAAGAUGAAGAAAAUCGAAAAACAAGUAAAAGUAGUUUGAAGGAUUAUCAGAAACAAAAUAAAAAACGGGAUAUAAAUAAUUUGUUAAAAUAUAUUGCAUUUUUUAGCUAUAUAAAAAAAAAAAAAUAUAUGAACAUUUAUUUAGCUAUAUUAGAUUAUUUUUAUUAUUAUAAUCCAAUAUUAGAAUAUUACAAAAAUCAAAAUAAUUUAACUAAAUUAUAUGAAUAUGUAUAUUAUAAAAUAUAUUAUUUUUAUAAUGAAAAAUGUGUAAAAACAAAAUUAUAUGGUUAUAUUUUUUAUAGAGAUCUAUUUAAGCAUAUACACAUUUUUAAAGACACCUUUUCCCAUUACAUAUUGAACAGUUACUUUUAUUUUAAUAAAAAAGUGAUAAUGCUAUUACAAAAGAAGAUGAAGAAAAAGUUUGAACAAAUCGAAACUGUAAAAAAAAUGAAUAUAAUACUAAGCAAUAGUAAGUCAGAUAGUAUAAGCAGGAUUGAUGAAGGUAAGGGGAAAAAUGGGCUAUCCAAUGAAUAUGAAAAUAAUGAUAAGACAAUCGAAAAAGAAACAUAUCAACGUUACGAAUCGAGUAAUAAAAAAAAUAGUGAUAAUGUUAUAGGACGAAAUAUUAUAGAACUGUGGAAAAUUUUUGUGAAAAAGCUAAUUUAUUGUAAUAAUUUUUCUGACCAAUUAAGGCAACAAACCUAUUUUUUGUUAAUAUAUAAAUGCAAUAUGCCUUAUGCUAUAAAAAAAUAUGUACAUAAAAAAAUAUUUAGUAAAUAUAUAAAUCUUCUUUGCAUGUACAAUAAAGAAAAGGUAUAUAAAUUUGUGAAAUAUAUUCAAGCAGAACAUUAUCAAUCUAUAUUUAUAAAAUACAAAAUUAUUAAUGUUAUUCUUUAUAUAUAUGAAAAUAGUGGGGAUUUUAUAAAAAUUACAAAUUUGUGCUUAAAAGAAAUCAAACAUAAAAUUUUAAAACUAUUCUCAAUUUUUAAUAUAAAAAAUAAAUAUGAGUUUUCAAAAAAUGUCAAUUAUGAUGAUAUAUAUGCAAUUAAUUUUUCUAAAAAAGUUGACAUAUAUAAUUUUUAUUCUAUGCCUUUUAAAAAAAAUGUAUUAAAAAAAUUGGGGAUCAAAAAAAAAGAAAAUACACACACAGGUUUAAGGGGGAAAGAUAUUUUUCUGAACAACCUAUUUAAAGAAAUAAAUUAUGAACAUGGUCAGAACUUUUUUUAUUAUUACUAUGUUGGAAAAAAACACCCUCAUAAAGUACAAAAAUUACAUGAUGAGAAGCAAAAAAGAAAUGAUAUAACGGAUGUAGACAGAGAUAACAAUAAAUAUUUUGGGAAUACACCUGGUGAUAUAAAACGAAAACCUCAAACAAUAUCUACGGAUAGUAGCGAUAAUGAUGAUGGUGCAGAAAUAAAAAAAAAAGAGCAUAGCGAAAAUAUAUAUAUGAAGCAUUUGUUAAAUACAAAAAAAAAUAAAAAUAUAGUUGACUUGAUGAAAUGCUAUUGGAUAUAUAAUACCGAAGAAUAUAACUUAAUUUUCUUAUAUAUAUACAUGUUGACAUUUAUCUUGAAGAGAAAUAAAUAUAAAAAUAACAAGCUAAAUGAAUAUGUAAUAUUUCAUAUAAUUAAUGAAUGCCUAAAAAAUAUUAUAGAAAUUUCUGAACAAGUCAUAAAAAAAGAGCAAAAUAAAAAUAAAAUGGAUUUUUUUAGCUACCUGUUUGAACAAAUUUUGCUUUUUGUUAUUAACAUAAAUUCUCAUGUGCAUACACAAAAAAUAUGCAAAAAAUUGCUACAUAAGUAUAAAAAUCAUCAAAUAAAAUUAAUUAAGUUACCUUUAAUUGCUAUUUUAAAAAAAAUGAUUGAUGAGCACACAUUUUUUAAUGACAAUUGUCAAAUUGCCGAAAAUAAAAUCAAAGAACAAAUCAAAACAUAUACAAAUGGAAAAAAAAAAGGAUUAAUAAUUAAUUUUAAACCUGAACAUACUCAUAAAUUUAAUACCGAUUUAUAUUAUAUAUCAUCAGCAACUGGAAAACAUAAAAAUUCUGACUAUGAAAAUAGCCAAAAUACCUAUUUUUCUACAAAUGGUAUUGUUUAUAUUAAUAAGUGUGAACAUGGAUAUCAUUUUUCAUGCUCUCAAAAAUGUUAUUUAUGUGAUGAUUUUAAAAAAUAA